AUGCUGAAGAGAGGAGGGUGGUGGUCGAGCAUCGAGAGCAUCCUCGGACUUGAGCUUCCAUAUCCCCAGCGAAAGCGGUUCCUAGACGAAGGGUGGACCAUGUCAAAGUGGUUGGCAAGGGAGUGCACCCUUGGUCCCUACUCAUCCAGGCCAGAUCCAGCAUUUGUCGAGAUUGGCCGAACCAAGCUUACGCAGUUGGGUACUUACUGCGCGGCGCGCAUGCUUCCUGACAAUGCCUACAGAUUAGUCGUUAGUGUGUGUGGUCAAUUUCUGAUGGUCAUUCACGGAUGUAUCAUCCAGGUCUACGAGUUAAACCACACUUGCAACCACUUGCGAUACGACUCGUCCACAUCUCACCUGAGAAAGAGCUCCAAAAAUACACGCGGCCUCUUGUACCCUGUAACCAAGCUGUCCUUCACCAGUCAAGUCAUAUCAUGUGCCAUGGAUACAUCCCAAGGGCGGUAUGCGAUUGCUGUUCUACUCGAAGGCCAAACAGGGAUAAUCUGCAACCUCGCCACCUACGGCACACCAAGCAGGAAUGCAAGCCGGUUACAAACAUCCAUAUUGGGUCACAUUGACGAUGAAAGCAGCUCACCAUCCAAGAGUCCAUCACCAGAAACAUGCGUCUGUCAAAUACGGCCGGAGUUGCAGCCACCUCCUCUUGAGACUGGCUCUAGAACUGUGUACCGCAACAUCUCACGCGUUGACGACCCGCCUCGCUCGGUGGCCAUAUACGGGCCCACUGGCGAGGACCUUGUCCGUCGCUUCCCGUUAUCGACCCCAAGCGAUUUCCUGUAUUUCCUUCCACCCCGGCUCGCCAUCGAUUCAUCAAAGAAGCUCCGGCUCAUCAGCUCAGCAACGGUCGUAGAGUCUACAUCUGACCAGACACAAAACAGCGUGAGGGCUUUCAGCCAUGCGUCCAGGGGAUAUCCACAGGAGAUUCCUGCUGUCAUCUCACGCCUGGAAACCUCUGUUGCUGGACGCGAGAACAAUAUUUCAAACGUGUACACAAUCACAGAGCAACUUGUCGGUGGUCCAACCGCGAUUCCUUCUUAUCGAACUGCCUGGGUCAGACGUCGGCCUCGCUCAAUUUCAACAAUCCCGACGGAUAACUAUCGAGCCGUGCCGCUCAGUGACGGUUACCACAUCCUGUUCACUGACCCGCAGACAGGGUAUUUAUGCCUUGGAGCUGAUGCACCCUUUGGAUCUUUGACUCGUCUACAAAGAAAAGUACAAUUUCGACCACCUUCUGCCGCAACUUCGGACGCCCCCACAACAUACGUCGUGGGAGCUGAUCUGAAGCACGGUGUGCGGAUUGCGGCUGUGUUUCCAACCACGCAAUGGACUGAAGGAGCUGGAUACAAGUCAGAAAAGCAACUCAUUGUCUUUUACACUAUUCCUCCCGACAUGUUUCAAGACAUAUCCUUUUUCGGGAAUUUGGAUAACGCCGAUCGACCGGUUGCAGACUGGGCGCAGUGGUGGCCUACUUUAACUGUCAAGGGUAGCAAUAACCUGGAGACUACCAGGCCUGUGACAGGACUUUCAUAUCCACUGGAUGUUCAAUGCCAAGUUGUUACAGCCUGUUCGGGUGUCUUUGAGCUUUCCAUAGACGCCGGCCCUGACUUGAUUGUAUGGGCUUUUAGCGUUGAUGGCUGGGGACGUUGCUGGGCGCUCAACACCGGCCAAGGAAAACAGAUGAUAAGAAGCUCAGUUCAGCAAGAUGGCAGCUUGCGGAGAAUUGACGGGGACGGAGACGUGAUGAUCCCAGACGUUGGAUAUGCUACUUAG